GCUCCAGAGGAGAUCCGGCAGUUUUACGCCACACUCAGUCCUCCCACUGACAUCCAGAGGGCGCCAUCUCCCUUCGCAGGGGCGACGGGCUCUGAUGUGCCGGACACCAUGGACUGGAGGGAGAAGGGUUGUGUCACCAGCGUCAAGAUGCAGGGCGCUUGUGGCUCUUGCUGGGCCUUCAGCGCUGCAGGAGCUCUGGAGGGUCAGUUGGCCAAGAAGACGGGGAAGCUGGUGGACCUCAGUCCUCAAAAUCUGGUGGACUGCUCCGGCAAAUACGGCAACCACGGCUGCAACGGAGGCUACAUUCACAAAGCCUUCCAAUACGUCAUCGACAACCAGGGCAUCGACUCUGAUGCUUCGUACCCCUACACAGGACGCGAACAACCGUGCCGCUACAACCCCUCGUACCGCGCCGCCAACUGCUCCAGCUACAGCUUUCUGCCCCAAGACGACGAGGGGGCUCUGAAGGAGGCGCUCGCCACCAUCGGACCCAUUUCCGUUGCGAUUGAUGCCACGCGGCCCAGAUUUACUUUCUACAGGAGCGGAGUGUACGAUGACUCCAGCUGCACCCAGAAGGUGAACCACGGGGUGUUGGCGGUGGGCUACGGCACACUAAACGGACAAGACUACUGGCUGGUGAAGAACAGCUGGGGAGCUAAAUUCGGAGAUCAGGGCUACAUCCGGAUGGCGCGCAACAAGAACGACCAGUGUGGCAUCGCUCUGUACGGCUGCUAUCCCAUAAUGUAGCAACUGAAUCUGUUGCAAAGUGAAUAAUGUAAUAUCCUUCGUUUUUACUUAAAAUUUUUAAAUACUAAAUUUUAAAAGCAGCACUGCUGGUGCUUUUUUUAAAAAAAGAAAAUAUAUAUAUAUAAAUGUAUAACUUGUGGAGAAACUUGAUUUUUCUCGCCAUGUAAUCACAGACUUUAUUUGUCUUGUCGGACUGUGAGCUUGUUUGUGUCAGAUUCUUUAAUAAAGAGACGGACGCGCUCUUUGCUGAGGAUUAGGGAUGCGCGGCCAGUUUGGAUUUAUGGGUUUACCAGUCGGCCCUGUGUCAACAUUUAGGUACAGUGAAGUUGCAGUAAAAGUACGAAUCAGAUUUUUUUUUUUUUCACCACCACCGGUUUCGGGUUUGUCUGUUAAACCUGCCAUAAAAACCGUCUGAAAGGAUUCCAUUGACUUCUUUGGGAAAUUGGCUUGUUGGUCAAUUUAGCUUUUACAUGUUACGACAGAAGGAAGGCUAAAAUCAAUACCGGUGUCUCUGGUAAAUAUCCUGUGAACAUGCUGAUGUGAUGGCAAACCGCAUCCCAGCUGCCUCCGGGCCAAGUAACAUUGUCUUGUGCAAGAAGAAAAGUAUUUUUGGUAUGUUUUUAUUUUCUCUUAUCAAACAACUUUUACCAAAAAAAAAAAAUCCCACAGAGAUCUUUGAAGGAAUAGUUCAGCAUUCGCUUGCAAAGAUUCGGGAGAGGAGAUGGAAACGUACAGUCAGCAGCUAGUUAGUUAAGCUUAGCGCUGAGAUCAGAAGCAAGGGGGGGAAGCUAAAAGACCUCCGCCCAAGGGUAGAAAAAAUCUGCCUGUCCAUCCGAGUGUAAAAACAACAAGUCAGGAUUUUAUUACAACUUAAGUGCUGGACUAUUUUUUUUGACUUGGUGCAGGGAGCUUUCUUUAGAGGUAACCUUUGGAAAGCAGAUCAGCUGCUUUGCUGUAGCUUUACAGUUAGCAUACAGAUAUAGGAGCGGUAUUGAUCUUCUCUCCUGACUGGCUGCACAAAAAAAAAAGGUGUUUCCCAAAAUGUAAAACAAUCGCUUGAACAGCCGGCUUCUUAUGCAGGAAAGGAUGAAACUAGUGACGCAUCAUCAGAAAGCUUUAUCGUUAAGACGGGGAGUGUUUCAACCCAACGUCUGCCUUUUAGAAAUCCACUACAAUUCAAAAGGCAGUUUUGUGGGGAGAAUUCGUGGAUGCAGUAAUGUGCAUUAAUGAGAAAAUCAAACUGGAUUUAAAUGUGUUGAUGGAGCUAAAAGAAGCAUAUACUGUCAUGCAAUAAAGUAAAGCUACUGAAGAUUUGAA